UAUCUCACUUUUCAAAUGGAUUUAGCACUUUGUUCCUUGUGAACUAACUUGGUGCAGUCUUGGCUGUAUUUUUCUUCUAGAACCUAAUCAGAAACCUGAAUUGGACUUUGAUCAACGUUCCAAGGUUCGGACUCUCGGCUCGUAUUGCGGGCAUUGUUUUGGUCUUUAAUGGAUUUAUAGUUUUUUUCCGAAAAGAUCUCCCCGCCGAUACGGACGGAAGAACAUCACCUGAUCACCAAAGAUCAUUUUUGGGUGAAGAAUUGGAGAUAAGCCCUAAAUGGGGGUUCCUUGGCGAUAAUUAGGAACUUUCACCGACAGCAGGAAGGCUUACGAGCCACAGGGGUGUAAACGGAGCUGGCCAAUGCCAAGAGAAGGCACCCGAGUGACUGAGAGCUGAAGGUCCCCCUCCCUUUACUACGAGCCCCACACUCCCCCAUCUCCACCAUGGUCCUGUCCAGCCAGCUCUCUGUCCUCAUCCUGUGCCUGACACACAGCGCGCUCUCCAAAUCUGUCCUCAGCGAAGAGAGCCGAGUCAAAGAGCACAGACCCCCACACCCCCUCCUGCAGCCGGGACACCCCGAGAACGCCACGGUGCGGGCCGGGGGCCAGGUGGAGCUGCGCUGCAGGGUGCACAGGCCCGGCACCACCCGGGUCCAGUGGCUGAAGCGAGACCCAGAUCACACGGGGCCCGGUGGCCUGCCCCUCCUCAGGGCCCUCACGCCGCUCCUCAGUAACGUCUCUAAGGUCAGUGUCCUGCCUCUGACCAGCGUCACCGUGGGCGAUUCGGGGGAGUACGUCUGCAGGGCACAGAACUCCGCACUGCAGGCCGAGCAGUCUGCCUGGCUCCACGUUUUACCUGUACCAGAAAAGCCCCCUCCCUGGAGCCCAGGACUGGAGGCCCCCAGCGAACACCCUGCCGACGGCCCUGAGGAGCUGGAGGACGUGGUGGAGCACCUCAUCCUGGAGCCCGGGGACGUGCUGAAGCUGCGGUGCGACUCGAGCCGGCCCGGCGCCCUCCUGUGGUUCAGGGGGGAACAGCGGGUCACACACAGCGCCCGCAUUCAGAUCCGCUCUGGGGUCAUGGAGGUCUCCGACGUCACGUACGAGGACUCGGGCCUGUACGUCUGCGUCCUGCGAGGCACCCGCGAGCCGCUGAGGAACUUCUCCAUCACUGUGGCAGAUUCUCUGGGGUCAGGUGAUGACGAUGAAGACAAUGGUUUGGAUGACACUUCAACUGAAAUGGAGAAGGACCAGGUCUACUUCACCAGAGGACCGUACUGGACGCACACUCAGCGCAUGGAGAAGAAGCUGUACGCUGUUCCCGCUGGGAACACCGUGAAAUUCCGCUGUCCCGCCAUGGGAACACCGCUGCCCUCCAUCCGCUGGCUGAAGAACGGCCGGGAAUUCCGGGGGGAGCACCGGAUCGGGGGAAUCAAGCUGCGGCAUCAGCACUGGAGCCUGGUGAUGGAGAGCGUGGUUCCGUCGGACCGGGGGAACUACACGUGCGUGGUGGAGAACCGGUUUGGCUCCAUCGCUCACAGCUACCUCCUGGAUGUGCUGGAGCGCUCCCCACACCGGCCCAUCCUGCAGGCGGGGCUUCCCGCCAACACCACCGCCAUUGUGGGCGGCGACGUGCAGUUCUACUGCAAGGUCUACAGCGACGCCCAGCCCCACAUCCAGUGGCUGAAGCACAUCGAGAAGAACGGGAGCCUCUACGGGCCAGAUGGCAUCCCUUACGUCCAGAUCCUAAAGACUGGCAGUUUGAACAUGUCGGAGGUGGAAGUUCUGUACCUGAGCAACGUGACCCUGGCUGACGCGGGAGAGUACACCUGCCUGGCGGGGAACUCCAUCGGGUUUUCCUUCCAGUCCGCCUGGCUCACCGUUCUCUCAGAGGAGGAAGUGGUGGAGGAAGUGGACUUGAUGGAGACCAAGUACACGGACAUCAUCAUCUAUGCCUCGGGCGUUGUGGCACUGGUGAUGGCCGUUGUGAUCGCGGUUCUGUGCCGCAUGCAGUCCAGCCCCAGCCGGGAGGCCUUCGACGUUCUCCCCGUGCAGAAGCUCUCCAAGUUUCCCCUACGCAGACAGUACUCCGUGGAGUCAAACUCGUCGGGGAAGUCCAGCGCCUCCCUGAUGCGUGUGGCUCGCCUCUCCUCCAGCUGCUCGCCCAUGCUGGCCGGAGUCAUGGAGUUCGACCUGCCCUACGACCCCGACUGGGAGUUCCCCCGAGAGAAUUUGACCCUUGGGAAGCCGCUGGGAGAAGGCUGCUUUGGUCAGGUGGUGAGAGCAGAGGCUUAUGGGAUACCGAAGGACACCGCUGACCAGGUAUCUACAGUGGCAGUGAAGAUGCUGAAAGAUGACGCCACAGACAAAGACCUGGCGGACCUCAUCUCUGAGAUGGAGCUGAUGAAGCUGAUGGACAAACACAAGAACAUCAUCAACCUGCUGGGCGUGUGCACGCAGAACGGGCCGCUGUAUGUGCUGGUGGAGUACGCCUCGAAGGGCAGUCUGAGGGAGUACCUGCGUGCCCGCCGCCCCCCUGGCAUGGACUACACCUUCGACAUGACCAAGGUGCCCGAGGAGCAGCUCACCUUCAAAGACCUGCUGUCCUGCGCAUACCAGGUGGCACGAGGCAUGGAGUACCUGGCCUCCAGAAGAUGCAUCCACAGAGAUUUAGCGGCGAGGAACGUCCUGGUGACAGAGGACAACGUCAUGAAGAUCGCAGACUUUGGCUUGGCACGAGGGGUCCACCAGAUCGACUACUACAAGAAAACUUCCAAUGGCCGGCUGCCUGUGAAAUGGAUGGCACCGGAGGCCUUGUUCGACAGAGUCUAUACGCACCAGAGCGACGUGUGGUCGUUCGGGGUGCUGAUGUGGGAGAUCUUCACCCUGGGGGGUUCGCCCUACCCCGGGAUCCCAGUGGAGGAGCUCUUCAAGCUGCUUAAGGAGGGGCAUCGAAUGGACAAGCCCUCCAACUGCCCCCACGACCUCUACAUGAAGAUGCGGGAGUGCUGGCACGCCGUGCCGACCCAGAGGCCCGCCUUCAAGCAGCUGGUGGAGGAGCUGGACCGCGUGCUACUGGCCGUCUCCGACGAGUAUCUGGACCUGUCCACGCCAUUCGAGCAGUACUCCCCGUCCUGCGAAGACUCGUCCAGCUCCUGCCUCUCGGACAGCGACUCGGUCUUUACCCACGAUGCCCUGUUACCCACGAUGCCCCUGUCCACCGACCCCUGCCUGCUGGGCUACCAGCACGUACCCUCCAGGAUGAAGACCUGAAACCCACACGCUGUCCAAAAUGGAGGAUGGGGCCCCCGCAGACCUGAGGGCAUUAUUUAGGCGGGGGGGUGGGUUGCUUUAAAAAACACGCGCGUUAAGAACUAGUGCGGACCACACGGUUCUGGCCCUGAUCCCAAGAACGUUAUCUCAACAGCUGCAAUGAAGCUGGACUCUGCGUCUGCUUUGCCAUGGGAACAGACAGCCAAUGGGCCGCCUGUACAAAAACAGCAGCAGAUCUGGUACAAUGUAGAGCCAGUAUUGGACAAUGAAAAGAGAAAAUAUAUUUUGUUAUAAAAAAAAAAAAAAGCU